UGCAGAAAUGGCGACUCUUAAAGCGCUAUCUAGAGCGGAGAAUAUGCUCAUCAGGAAGGUGACAGCGACGAUCAAGACGAACAUCCCGCGAUUCUCCGUCGGCAAGACGUGUGGCUGUUACUUCUCCACUUCAAGUCAGAGGUCUGCACAGUUUUAUUCGGACCCUCUAGACGCCGUCAAAGAUAUUCCUAAUGGAGCGACUGUUCUUGUGGGAGGUUUUGGCCUAUGCGGUAUUCCAGAAAACCUCAUCAACAGUCUGCUGAAGACUGGAGUGAAGAGUCUAACUGCAGUCAGCAAUAAUGCAGGGUAAGCCUU